UGUAGACAGAAGGGCGGCAAGUCCAUCGCCGUACGAAGGACUCCCGCCUCACAUGCAGCUUCUGCCCGAUUCGGACGAGGGGGAGGCGGACGUGGACGUGUCCAACACAGUUCCACUGGGUAGCGGGUCGACCCAGGAAUGGACGGGUAGCCAGUUGUAUGAUCGGCGCAGAGCGAAGUACAGGCAGACGUUCACUUCCCUCCUCCACGAAGGUGCCCAGGACGCGGAACGCCUCCCACCUGUGGAUCUCACAAUUGGCCUGCGGAGCGGGAGCCCAUCUUCUGCCACGCGCACUGUGCUCAUGAACCCUCAUCCCAACGACGACGCGGGGCAGGUGACAUUGGUCAGCAGGGGCACAAGGGGUGGUUCUGCGCCUCAGGAGACGUCCGAGAAGACGAGGGAGCGGCCUCGAGUGCAGGCGACUUCUGGCCCGUCAAUUCCACGCACCACCGCUGGUCGCCCUGAGUGGAUGAACCCCCCUCCUGCGUUCUCCAGGGGCCGCGACACCGUUCCUCGUCCAGUUGAACGGGGUGUGAGUGAGGAAGACUUCCCUUCCGAGGGCGCGCGUGGAGAUGGCAGGCGGGUAUGGAAGGAGUCGAGGCAGGAGUUGCGGCGGCAGCAAGAAGAGUCCAUAACGCAAGGUGUGCAGCGAUUACGCGUGGGCGAGUGGGCCGGGCAAGCAGACGCGGUUGGCGGGGGGGGUGACGUCUGGACAGACGGUGACGAAGUUCAGUGCGACGCUGAGGAGGACGACAGCGGUGACAUGUUCCCGUUGCGUGCGCCGAACAUGGGUGGCAGGGGCGGCAGAAGCAGGGCCUCGGCGAAUGCUGGGCGGAGGCGGAAGAGGUUGUCGGCGACCUCUGCUGAUGCGGAAGGUGAGGGGGAUGGGGAGAGUGGUCGGAAUUUCUGGUCUGUGGAUCACAUGGUGGCCCUCAUAAGGGCGAAGCGGGAUCAGGACGCCCAACUGCAAGCGGCGGGGCACGCAUUCGCACGGAUGCGGUCGAGGGAGUGGAAAUGGUUGGACGUCCGAGAGAGGUUGCUGAAGUUGACGAGUCAGAAGAGGGCAGAGAAAGGAUUCAGCUUCAACAUGGAUCGGUCCGUCUACGAGGAGAUCAAAGGGGCGAAGGAGAGGAGCCACACUAUCAGCCCGAGCAAUGUUGCAGACACCGGUGGCGCAGGAGGUGUGCAACUCCCAUCUGCACAGUCGGCGACUCCGGAAUCUGUGGGGGACGGGGAUGCCGCUGGAGAUGGCAACGACGAAGACGGCAACUCAGCGCGUGGGGGCUCACAGACGACUGGAAAUCCGGCUGGUUUCAUGAAGAGGAAAAACGUGCGGCAGCAGACAUUCAAGGCCUUAAGCGAGUGCAUGGAGAAGCAUGGGGCGUUGAUGGCGUCGACGAUGGAGAGCGAGAGCAUGAGGCAAUGCGAGGCGAUGGAGAGCGCGAGCAAGAGGCAAUGCUCCAUUCAAAUUUGGCAGUGUGAGGCUAUCGAAGCGGAGGUGGAGGUCCAGAAGCAACACUGCGCUGCGUCUAAUGAAGCGAAGAAGCCCAAGGCAUCAAGCGGCGGUGCUCUGGUGAUCGGGAGGUCCGUGCGGGAAGAGUGGGUUACCAAGGCCAGCAGCGGACAGGACGACGAUUUCGAAUCAGAAGCGGACACGUUUCAUGGGAGGAAAGGGACCUUGCGUGAACUAGCGAACGCGCGAAUGGUGAGCGGAGAGGAAGGCAUCGACGGUGGUAAAGAUGGUGGUCACGGGGUUGCGCGAGGCAAGGGUGAGGCGGCCGGCGACGUGGGAGGCGGUGUUGUUGCCAGGGAGGAGCGUGGCCAGCCGACGACCCCUGGCAUGCGCGGCGUCGUGCCGUCGAAGGACGUGCAGGCGGCCCAGGACGUCGGUAAACACCCGCCAAUGCGGGCGCCUUCAAACCCAGCGACGCCCACGGCGGGACAGGCGAGAAGGGAUGAAGGGGCGGGGGUGAAUGCGGCAGUCAGGGGACAGCUUGCGACGCGCAUUCCCGCAAAGGAAGCCGCAGCGGUGGGAGCCGUCAGGCGAUCCGGAAACCUGGCGGCUUUGGAGGCGAAAGCGAAAGUGUGGGUGGACGAUCUGCGUUUCUGGAACGAGACGGAGGGGCAUGGGAUGUUCAAGAUCAUCCAGGAGACGCGCCUGCACCUCAUCGCCAUCGCGAAGGGUGUGAAACCGUCGGAGAUCAGAAAAAGCGUUGUCCUCCCGAACGCCACGAUCCCUCAGCAGAAGCUGGAAGACGUGUCGGAGUUGGGGGCCGCGAAGGAGAGGGCUUCGAGGGCGCUGUGGACGACGACAGGAGGUGACCGCGCACAGUCACCCGCCGGUGCUGCUUAUGAUGACGAUGAUGUCGACGAUGAUGACGUUGAUGAUGAUGAUGAUAACAGUGACGAUGAUGAUGAUGGUGAUGACAACGAUGAUGAUGAUGACGAUGUUCAUGAUGAUGCUGACGAUCGUGAUGAUGACGAUCGUGAUGAUGACGAUCGUGAUGAUGACGAUCGUGAUGAUGACGAUCGUGAUGAUGACGAUCGUGAUGAUGACGGUGGCGAUGAUGAUGGUGAUGAUGAAGAUGAUGAUGAUGAUGAAGAUGAUGAUGACGAUGUUCAUGAUGAAGAUGAUGAUGAUGAUGACGAUGAUGAUGACGAAGGUGGUGAUGGUGAUGACGACGAUGUCGCCGAUGAUGAUGGGGACAGGAGCUGGCAUGGCGUGUGAAUAGCGGUUGCGCGCGUUUCGUAGACGUCUUCUACUUCUUUUGCGUCGAGUCGUUUCCUUGGGAGAGCUUGGUUUCAUAAAGCAGACAGCAAAGUGCAGUCGACAUGCACGUCUUUUCAUUAAAGGGGCCACUCAUCGUCGACUGUGCGGUGUCAUUAACGUCCGUCAUGUCUAUGCGCAUCAUUGAUGCUAAUUUGAUUUCGUGUGUUAUGACGAACAUUCCUUUUAUAUCGCAAACGUGUUUUCUUAUGUUUGUUCUUUCCGAUUGCAAAGCUUCCAUGUAAAGUUGUGGGUCAUAAGGUGCAUGAAUUCUGUGUGAGAGAUUGACGUUUUCACUCAGUUCCCUUCUUCCUUCUGCACUCAUCGUUCAAUCAUUCACAACACUUUGAUGAAGAUGAAGAUGAAUGAUUGGCAACAUAAAAUAUGUACUCCAACAUUUGGACCAUGGACAUAUGUGAACUCGAAUGAAUGCUAUCAUCAAUG